AUGUUGCCGAGGCAGUCUGAGGCGGCUGUUGAGGCCCUCCAGAGAACGCAGGAGAGGGAGGGGGAAGAAUGGCAGCGCAACGUGACCUCUUUGCACGAGCUUACGCGCUUCGUCGCCGCAAACGUCGCGUGCUACCGUGCCGUGCUAGCCGAAGCCAGAACGCUCAAGCAGAACAACAGUUUCUUGCAAGUAAACAAGAUCAACCGCAUCACCGAGAUCGUUCAUGAAAGAGGCCAAGAGUGGGCUCAAGCCGAGAUAGACGACCGGAAGAAGGAGAAGGAUAAACUCACCAAGGAGUUGAACGAGAUGUGGUCUCUCAGCACGACCUACGGAAAAGCGCUUACCGACUACAAGAAGGAGUGCACAAGACACAAAGACAAGUUGGGCGAGCUUACACACCAAAUUCUGGACCUUCAGCGUGACCUCGAUUUUGAGAGGACAUCGAAGGUUGAGCUCCAGCGGGAGCUGGACCUGGUGCGGAGCGACAUGACGGCGCUGUCCCUUCGUCCGGACGUCAGCGAACCUCAGCAAGAAGAGAGCGGCCCCACAUUCGACGAAGAUGAGGAAGAACUGAGCUCGAGCGGCGAAGCGCACGUCGGACGGGACAGCUUCGAGGAUGAAGAUCCAGUCGUCCCCGCGCCUGAACUCGAUCCAUCAGUCAGCAGUGAUGGCUAUCAACCUGAAGACUGCGCCGCACAGCAUGGGCUCGUGGAGGGCAACACAGAGGCUCUAGCCGAGGCAACCUCCCGCGACGACUGCAAUCAACAGCGCAUAGCGGCAGCGCAAGAAUACGCGCUGGAGCUCGAGCAGGCCCUCCAGAGAGAGCAGCUGCGAAGCCGCGAACUAGAGGACCAGCUGUCCAGUCUCCAGACCAAACAUCAGCGCACCGUUGAGAAGCUCAAGCACAAGCAAAGUCGCGAUCAACAUACACAGACCGAUCUGGUGGCUCAGCACAAGCUCAAGGAGGAAAUGAUCGCCCUCUCAAAGUGA